CCCUGGCGGCGAGUCCCGGGCCGCUGCCGGCUAGAAGCAGCCGGGCUCUGGGGAACCGGCCGGAUGGCUGCGCGGCCGGUGUCCCGGAUGCUCGGGCGGGCGCUGCGCCCCAGCACGCGAGGCUGCAGCUCGGGGGCUCCGGUGACGCAGCCCCGGCGCGGGGAGCCUACCCGGUCUGGCCCCGAGGAGCUGUCCAGGCGGCAGUUCCUGAGGGAGCACGCAGGCCCUUUCUCCGACUUCCUCACUGACAGCUUUGGGCGGCAGCACAGUUACCUGCGGAUCUCCCUCACCGAGAAAUGCAACCUGCGAUGUCAAUACUGCAUGCCCGAGGAGGGUGUCCCUCUGACCCCAAAGUCUGAGCUGCUGACCACUGAGGAGAUCCUGACCCUGGCUCGGCUCUUUGUGAAAGAAGGUGUAGACAAGAUCCGGCUCACGGGUGGAGAGCCACUCAUCAGGCCAGACGUGGUGGACAUCGUGGCUCAGCUGCACCGGCUGGAAGGGCUGCACACCAUCGGCGUCACCACCAAUGGCAUCAACCUGGCCCGGCUGCUGCCUCAGCUCCAGAAAGCAGGUCUCACUGCCAUCAACAUCAGCCUGGACACACUGGUGCCAGCCAAGUUUGAGUUUAUUGUCCGCAGGAAAGGUUUCCACAAGGUCAUGGAGGGCAUCCACAAGGCCAUUGAACUGGGCUACAGCCCUGUAAAGGUGAACUGUGUGGUGAUUCGAGGCCUGAACGAAGACGAGCUCCUGGACUUCGUGGCCCUGACCAAGGACCUUCCCCUGGACGUGCGCUUCAUAGAGUACAUGCCCUUUGAUGGCAACAAGUGGAACUUCAAGAAGAUGGUCAGCUACAAGGAGAUGCUGGACACCCUCCGGCAGCGGUGGCCAGAGCUGGAGAAGCUGCCUGAGGAGGAAUCCAGCACCGCCAAGGCCUUCAAAAUCCCAGGCUUUCAAGGCCAGGUGAGCUUCAUCACGUCCAUGUCAGAGCAUUUCUGCGGGACCUGCAACCGGCUGCGAAUCACUGCCGACGGGAACCUCAAGGUCUGCCUCUUCGGGAACUCAGAGGUGUCACUGAGAGACCACCUGCGGGCAGGAGUCUCUGAAGAGGAGCUGCUGAGCAUCAUUGGGGCUGCUGUGGGCAGGAAGAAGCGGCAGCAUGCAGGCAUGUUCAAUAUUUCCCAGAUGAAGAACCGGCCCAUGAUCCUCAUCGCAUGCUUGUGGAUGCUCCAGGACUCCCCACCAGCCACGUCAAGCUUUUCUUCCUGGCUCCCCCUCUGUGUGGGGUGUCACAGACUCAGCUUCUCCGACAGAAUGGCGACUCUGCAGAAAGGAGGCUCUGUCUCCCAGACCUCCUCCAUUCUGAGCAUUUCUUCCCAGAACCCCCUCCUUGUUCAGGGUCUUAGGCACAGUUUCUUCAACCAAAUGGUGACUUCGCAGAAUGGAGGCCGGGUCCCUCACGCCUCUCUCUCUGCCCAGCAGUGGCUGGGUGCCAGCUCCCCCCAAAGACACUACAGUUCCCGCCUAGACUCAAAUGCCAAACCAGAGUGCCUUAGCCCGGGGUCCCAGGCUCCUGGCUGUGCCUCGGGACCCCCACCAACCUCGGGGCAACUCACCCAUGUGGAUGCAGCAGGCAAGGCAGCCAUGGUCGAUGUGGGCAAGAAGCCCGACACUGAACGCGUGGCUGUGGCCUCAGCCGUCGUCCUUCUGGGGCCUGUGGCCUUCAAGCUCGUCCAGGAGAACCAGCUGAAGAAGGGAGAUGCCCUGGCCGUGGCCCAGCUGGCAGGAGUGCAGGCAGCCAAGCUGACCAGCCAGCUCAUCCCUCUGUGCCACCAUGUGGCCCUGAGCCACGUUCAGGUCCAGCUGGAGCUAGAUGGCACACGCCAUGCCGUAGAGAUCCGGGCAUCCUGCCGGGCCCGGGGCCCCACCGGCGUGGAGAUGGAGGCGCUCACCUCAGCUUCCAUGGCUGCCCUCACCCUCUAUGACAUGUGCAAAGCUGUCAGCAGGGAGAUUGUCAUCGGAGAGAUCAAGCUCCUUAGCAAGACUGGGGGCCAGAGGGGGGACUUCCAUCGGACUUAGAGCCUCUCACCAGCAGGCCCCGGGCCGGAGGUGGGAUAGAGUCAGGGCCCCGGGAGAGAGAGAUGUCAAGUUUCUUUGGUUCCAUCACUGUCCACCUUCACCCAUAGGAGCCCGAGCCUACCCCCCCACCCGACUGCCUGAUGGUCAAAGGGUGACCCACCACAUUUCCUUCUAUUCGUGUGCAAACUAGCCAGCCCCUUGGCCUUCCUGGACAGUAAGGCCAUGCCAAGGGGUCCCUAUGAGCAAUACUGGACAACUGGAAAGUCCCAUUGUGUCACUCACAGACUGUUGGACACAACCACUCACAGAGUUCCAGCCCACCACUUCCACUUCUCACUGUGGGUUUUCUCUUGCCUGCUUCUACAGGGAGAGAAAAAGGGCUCACUCGGCAGAGAAACCCACUUUGAGGAGGAAAGCACAGCUUGCAGUCAGAAUGUAGCGCUUCGCCCUGGCAGUUUCCCUCCUUCCCCAUCCUACUUCUGAGAGCCAGUGAUCCCCACCUUGUGCCUGCCCUGGCCCCCUCGGGCCAACAGGCUGUUGGUAGGUCACAGGAUUGCAUUGUCCUGCCAGCUGUCCCUGCUUCAGCCCCUCUCUGUUCAACCAGAGCCGCCUGCCGCCAUGGGCUUCUGACACGGCACACAGCCCCACCGCAGCCCCACCCCCCUGUGCUGGAACAAAUCAGGGAAAGAAGGGCGUUGAGAAUGUCACCCAUGUGGCACACUAAUAAAGUUAUGAUGCCAACUUCA